UUGUUUGGUGUAACUUACAGUAAAAAAAUACACUUUAAAACCCUUUACUGCAUUAUCUGAUGUAAUAGUUUCUUUAGUCUAUCAUAGGAGUUUAAACUGGAUUAUAAUACUGAAGGAUAAAAGAAGAUGUUUUUCUCUCAACUUCAAGGUGUCGCAAUAGUUGUCUUGCUGAUGACCCGUAUUAACGCAGAAAUAACCACAUCUGUAGAUUGCAAUUCUGAUGCCAAUGCCUGUAGUGUUGAUGGUAAUAGUGAAUGUGAUACGACAAGCGGAAGAUGUAUUUGCAAAAGUGGAUUUGCAGUUAUAGACACAAAAUGCGUAGCAAUUAUCACAUCGGUAGAUUGCAGUUAUGAUAACAAUGCCUGUACUGUUGAUGGUAAUAGUAUAUGUGAUGCGCAUACCGGUAAAUGCGUUUGCAAUAUUGGAUAUGCAGUUUUUUUUAAAACAAAAUGCGAAGAUAUAGACGAAUGCACUGCAAAUACGGACAACUGUGAUAGUACAAAUGGCGGAUGCACGAACAGUGCAGGAUCAUUUACUUGUUCGUGUAACACUGGAUAUAACCUGGAGGCUGAUGGUUUUACAUGUACAGCAAUAAUCACAUCAGUAGCGUGUAAUGAUGACAGUGACUGUAGUGUUGAUGACAAUAGUCAAUGUGAUACGACUAACGGUAAAUGUGUAUGUAAACUUGGAUUUGCAAUAACAGGAACAAAAUGUGAACAAAUAACCACAUCGAUGGAUUGCAGUUCUGAUGUCAAUGCCUGUAGUGUUGAUGGUAAUAGUGAAUGUGAUACGACACGCGGAAAAUGUAUUUGCAAUAGUGGAUUUGCAGUUAUAGACACAAAAUGCCGAGACAUAGAUGAAUGCACUACAAAUGCUGACAACUGUGACGAUACCAAUGGCGGAUGCACGAACACUGAAGGAUCAUUUACUUGUUCGUGUUACACUGGACAUAACCUUGAGGCUGAUGGUUAUACAUGUACAGCAAUUAUCACAUCGGUAGAUUGCAGUUAUGAUAACAAUGCCUGUACUGUUGAUGGUAAUAGUAUAUGUGAUGCGCAUACCGGUAAAUGCGUUUGCAAUAUUGGAUAUGCAGUUUUUUUUAAAACAAAAUGCGAAGAUAUAGACGAAUGUACUGCAAAUACCGACAACUGUGACGAUACAAAUGGCGGAUGCACGAACACUGCAGGAUCAUUUACUUGUUCGUGUAACGCUGGAUAUAACCUUGAGGCUGAUGGUUUUACAUGUACAGAUAUAGAUGAAUGUGCUGCAAAUACUGACAACUGUGACAAUACAAAUGGUGGAUGCACGAACACGGCAGGAUCAUUUACUUGUUCAUGUAACGCUGGGUUUAACCUUGAGGCUGAUGGUUUUACAUGCACAGAUAUAGACGAGUGUAGUACAUAUACAAACAUUUGUGGCCGUUCUGAUGUACAAUGUACCAAUACUGAUGGAUCGUAUACCUGUUCAUGUAACACUGGAUAUAUACUUUAUAAUAAUUCAUGUACAGUGGCACCAGGAACACCGAGAGCCUUUACAAUAGACUAUAUUCAGCAUAACAAGGCCCGAUUGUCGUGGUUACCUGGCAACAAUGGAGGGUUAACACAAACGUUUGUUAUACAGUUAGGAACUGGUGAAAGUUCUUGGGAAGAUACAGAAGUGCAAGAUGGAGUCAAACAUAAUGAUCAAACAAUUUCUAAAAUUCUGACAGGUCUUAGGGAUUCUACAACAUACUUCGUACGAAUGUACGCAUAUAACGACGUUGGAAAUAGUCCUCUUUCGGAAAUUCUUAUUUUUACUACGUCACCUAUCAAAGUUGAAACAGAAACUAAAACUACAACUACAUUAAUCGUGGGCAUUGUCUUAAGUGUAGUGAUAGUUGUGGUUAUAUCGUAUGCGAUUUAUGUAACAAUCCAACUUAAAAGAACGCGAGACUCUGUCCAAAAGGAUGGUCGCGUGCAGAAAAAAGACGGUCAAGUGAAUAUACAUAUCGAAGACAAUACAGAUAUCCCGGACAGGGGAGGGUAUGAAAAUCCAUAUACUGACCUCAGGACAGAAAUGAGGGAUUCAAGAUCUCCAUACGAAGCCAUAUCAACUAUGUAAAGAAAACAUCGACAGAAAUAUAACACUUAGAUAUAAAAUUUUAGCUCAUAUAUUUAAGUCGAACACAAUAUAUUUUGUACAUAAAGUGAAAAAGAUAGCAAUGUAUUUAGCUAAAGCUUUUUGUGUAAACAUUUUGAAUGAAUUUAGUGGGAAAUGGUUUUUAUUACAUUUGUUUUGUGUUAUUUUCUAAAAAGUUUAAAUAUAUACUAUGCUCCUCUUUGGGAAAAUGCUUUUAUUGUCGAAAUUUAAAGUUAGAGUAAUAAAUCUGGACAAUGGAUAAUCCCUCAGAUGCAUUGAAAACAACAAUAAAAUAUGACAACUUUUGGCCCAUUUGAAAGGAUUUGUUCAUUAGAGAUAAUGUAAAAGGUGCAAUAUUUAUCACGCCCUAUAUUACCUGCGUAAUCUUAUUUCAAUCUUAACAAUUACAUGCCAGAAUUAAUGACCUCAAAGGACCAGAAAAAAUACAACAACAAGAACUUAGAUAAGGUUCGUUGUAUGAAAGUACAUGUGUGGUGUUAUUGUGAAGCUUUCGGAAGCGGCUUCCUUUUUGGAAUGCAGUGGGUUUUUGGAGAUGAUUCAUCAUUCUGGGGGCAGUGAUUGAUAAAAAGAAACGUCAUUGACUUAUCAUGCUUUAAUGGCCCGUAAAUACUUAUUAAUAAUGUUAUUUUAUCAUACGAACAUUUUUUUAUAAAUAUUUACAAGAUAUGAUAUCAGAAAAAAACAAUUGUUAUUUGUUUUAAAUGAUUUCUCCGCAAAGAUUAAAGCUUGUUAACAUGUAAUAAAUGGAUUGGCAUCAUAUUGGCAAUCAAUUUAAAUUACACACGACUGCAUAUUGGGUAUUGAAAAAAUAAUUGGCAUCACAUUGUAUAAACAGUUUGUUUUCAUAUAGGUUAUCACCUUAUUUCUGCUGCUGAUAAUUUUAAUCAUUUAUAUUUGUUUGUUAUUGCCAAUAAUCAGUGAAUUAUAAUAAACCCUACCUAGAAUAAUUUAGUUUGGUACUAACUUUAUUGCAAGUCAAUGGUGUUGUGGUAAGAUAUUCGCUUAAGAUGUGUGAAAAAAUAGAGAAAAUAAGAC